AGCUACUGUCACCGGCCACCGCUAAAGACGUGUGCUUACUGCUUUGUGCUUAUAUUGGUUUUUUGUACCAAGUAUUGAAGAAUACCGAAUAAAUAGAUAAAUGUAAAGAAAAAUAUGGGUGACGCAGAGGUUUUAAAGAAACUGAGGGAUAUUCCAUUUAGGAUUCAGACCUCAAGCAUAAAAGAAAGGCGUAUUGUUAUUGAAGAAAUUCAAGAUGUUCUCUCGUCCCCAGGGAUCACCGAACCAGCUGUGCGUUUCAUCUGUAGAGUUUUAACAUUGACUUUACACCGCUACAGGGAUACAACAUCUCAAUCAUAUGUAAAAGCACUCCUAGCCUACUUAACAAAGAACCACCGAGAAUGGACUCUAAAGAACUUUUUACCUGUUGUUCUUGAAAUAUCAGAAGUUUUAAAGAACACAGUUACAUCUAAGAAUUUAAGUCAGAGCGGGUUAUAUGCUCUGAGGUGGACUACAGUACUUGUUGAAAAUGGUUUGAAAGGAGAACCUGUUGAUUAUAAUAUUAUAGUGCUUAGUCAAGCCAAUCUAUUAACUACUGUUAUUGCAUAUGGUGACAAGAAGAAGAUUGGAAAAGCAUAUUCUAUGUUACACAAUGCCUGGAAAACUAUUGGCAUAGAGGAAGUUAGCAAUUGGGUUGAAGUACUGUUAUCACAAGCACCGGACUCUGGGCCUCAUGUGUGCAUCACAUUCUCAGCACUGUGUAGACAUUAUAAAGAUGUCAAUAACCAGGAAAUUAUCUUACAGCAUAAGGCCAAAAUGUUGGAGAGUUUCAUAAAAAGUCUGAUUAGCGUCAAAUCAAGGCCCAAUCCAAACCACAUCCGUGGAUGUUCUCAUCUGCUUCACCUGUUGGACAAGUCUGACAUAAAGAGUACACUGCUGCCGGCAUUACACAAAGCAAUGCUCAGGAGUCCGGAGACAAUAAUUGAGGCAGUAGGUGAAGUGGUGGACAACCUCAAUGUACACCUAGAUGAGCUGACUGUUGAUAUUGGGAAAAGUUUAAUAGUGAACACACACUCUCGCGACGAAUGGACCCGCGCGGCGUCUAUGAGCGCACUGUCGCGGGUUGCACAUCGAUGCUCUACACUCGCAGCAGCUGAGUUGCUGCUUAAAGCCACCUUCGCGGAGUAUGACGGCGCCAGCGGGAAGCUCACGUCUAGCGAGGAUAAAAUAGCUGUUAUUAAUGCUGCGGGCACGCUGAGCGAGGUGAACGUACCCGCACAAGAGUUCGGCGUGCUGAUUGCCAAAAUCGCGGCGCAUAUGUCGGCCAUUUUGGACGCCGAAUCGCACGAACGCACGCUUUGCGCCGUCCUGCACGCUCUCUACCGUUGGGGCAGCCGUGCGCCCGCACAUCUGCCCGAUGAAAUACUUAACAUUUAUAAGAAAAAUCUAUCAGCGAAGAGCACAAGCCAGGCAGUACGGAUUUCGUAUGCGUCGCUGAUAUCCCGGCUGGUAGUUGAGCGCGGAACCACCGCCCAGCAGAUGGAGGUACUCUGCCCCUCGCUUCGCGCCGCCGUCGAGAAGGCAUUGAAGCAACCGCUGCAGCACGCGGUGGUAAGCGAGGGCGUGUGCGCAAUGUUGAGCCUUGUGGCGACGGCGCAGGGUCGCGAGUUGUGCGACGGAGACAAGGCGUUGUGGAACACGCUUGUCCACCCAGACAAGCACGUGCUACUCCACGAGCGACUGCUGGCCGCCGCGAAUGACGAAGUCCUAAUACAGGUGGUGUUGCUAUGCAGAACAGUAUUGGAAAACUACUCAAUUGUUGCCAGUGAUAAAAAUUCCCCAAUAUACAAGGCACUUAUUCUGGUCCUACUAUCACCAAUCAAGACUGUGCGAGCGUUUGCUCUGCAAGAAGUGAAGACCUUCCUCGCGAGAGCAGAUCGGGCACAGAUAGCGCGCUACGUGGUGCUUAAGUUGAACGAAGUGCUGGAGGAGGGGAAGAUAUUCAAUGUGAAGGAGAGACCUGAGGAGAAGGGGGAAGUCACCGGGAAAAUAAUACUAGAUUGUGUUCAGGCCGUUUGUGCCUUCACGGACUAUCCUCGUGAGGACUGCGAGCUGUUAGCGGUGGAUGCUCUGCCGUGCUGCCAUCACCCCCUCGUGGUGGCCAUCAGCCCGCGCGCCUGGCUCAAACUGGUCACUCAUAUGGGGCUGGAGCCCCGGAAACUCGUCGCUAUCUACUCUAACAACCUGAGAAACACCUACAUCGCGGGCACCAUGGCGGACGAGACGUGGUGGCACGUGGUGCGCACUCUGGCCGCAUGCAGCAGUGAGGCUCUGGGAGGUGCGGCCCUCACCACCGCCCUGGCCGCCCUCGCCGACCCCGACCUGCUUCGGGUCACGCGCGACGAGUACUUCACCUACCUCACGCCGCCCGACCAGCUCUACGACAAGUCCGUCAUACCCGGUAAUGAGGAUAACAAAGAGAUGAAUAUGAAACGCGAAAGCAAGGCGUACAGCUAUAAGGAGCAGCUGGAGGAACUGCAGUUGCGGCGCGAGAUCGAGGAGAAGAGGCGCAAGGAGGGCAAGCUAAAAGAGACACCAAUGAGCGCCAAACAGAAGGAGGCGAUCAAAGUACAGAUGGCGAAAGAAGCCACCAUUAGGGAGAGGCUCACAAUACUAAAGCAGCGUGUGGAGCGCGCAGUGCGGCUCAGCGAGGCGGUGCAGGCGGGGUCUCCGCGCGCCGUGCUGGUGUGCGCACGCCGCGUGCUGCCCGCCGUGCUGGAGGGACUCCGCUCGCCGCUGGCCGCGCCGCUCAUGGUGCCGCUGUACCGCCGCCUGGCGCCGCCGCUGCCCAUCGCCGACCACGUGGCUCGCCUCAUCAUCAGACUCCACAAACCGCAAUGUGAUCUGGACCCAAGCUGGGAAGAGGAGGACUUGGAUAGUGCGGUGGCUCGCACUAUAAACCUGGUGCACGAGACGAGCACGGGGGUUCGCGGGAGUGGGGAUGAUAAGGACAGCAAGAGAUCACGAAAUAAAUACUUAUCCGCCCCUGGAUUCUGCUACGUGUUCCCACUGCUGCAGAAGGGGCUCACCUGCAGCGCUGCGCGGACAAACGACGCCAUGGUGCUCAACGGUCUCGCAGUUAUUACGGAGCACGCGGCACUCGGGUGCGGCGCAGACCAGCUCGACGGCGAUGACCUGCUGCACCCCACGCUGUUCCCCAUUGACCUGAUGUUCCGGCUGCUCGUUGAUCUCAUUGGGUCGAGCAGCGGGCGCGUGACUGCUGCGUGCACCGUGGCGCUGCUACAGACGGCGGAGUGCGCGGCGGGAGCGGCGCUGUCCUACGAGGACGUGAGCUGUCUGCUGGCCGCCGUGCAGAGCCCGCUCGAGGUGGUACGAGAUGCGGGUCUGCGUGCGUUGCUUCGUGUGGUCGAGCGCCUGCCCGCCUUCCUUGAACACGAAGAGACCGCACUCAAUCUCACCAAGAGGCUCUACAUUGCAACGUUCGAUGUUUCUGACGAUAACAAAAACCUGGCCGACGAGUUGUGGCGGAAGGUUCCCCGCUUGGAGGCGUGGUUGUCGAGCGCGGAGGUGGAGCUGCUGCAGCUGCUGGUGGCAGAGAUCCAGCAUCCUUCGGAGCCAGUGCAGCGCGCCGCCGCCCGCGCGCUCGCUGCGCUUGUGGCUCGCGCCACGCACCCGGACUGCGCCGCGCACCGCGUGCUCGCAAUGUUGCACGACGUCUACAAGGAAAAACUGCCCAUGAUCCCGGCCAAGCUGGACCAGUUCGGGCACGAGACGGCGGCGGCGGUGGACGAGUGGGGCGGCCGGCGAGGAGCGGCCCUGGCCCUGCUGGCCCUGGCGCCGCGCCUGCGAGCCGACGCCGUGCCCAGCGCCAUGGAGUUCUUCGUGCGCUCGGGGCUCGCCGACCGCAACGAGGCCGUGCGGGCCGAUAUGCUCAACGCCGCCAUGGCCGUCGUCGACGAGCACGGCAAGGAAACUCUCGGCACUCAACUGCCGGUAUUCGAGCAGUUCCUGGAUACGGCGCCCAAGUCUGGCGGGUUUGAUGCGGUGCGCCAGAGCGUGGUACUACUGGUGGGUUCCCUGGCGCGCCACCUCGAGCCUAGCGACGCGAGAGUCAAGCCGAUCGCGCUACGGCUGAUCGCUGCGCUCUCCACACCGAGCCAGCAGGUUCAAGAGGCGGUGAGCAACUGCCUGCCUCACCUGGUGACGUCACCCGCCCUUGAGGCUGAAAUACCGACUAUAAUGAACAAGCUCAUGAAACAGCUCCUAACUGCCGAGAAGUAUGGAGACAGAAAGGGUGCUGCGUACGGCAUAGCGGGUAUCAUCAAGGGUCUUGGUAUAUUGUCACUGAAGCAACUGGAUGUGAUGGGAAAGCUUACUGAGGCAAUACAAGAAAAGAAGAACUAUAAAUAUAGGGAAGGAGCGCUGUUCGGUUUCGAGAUGCUGUGCUACAAGCUGGGGCGGCUGUUCGAGCCGUACAUCGUGCACGUGCUGCCGCACCUGCUGCUGUGCUUCGGGGACAGCUCGCAGUACGUGCGCACGGCCGCCGACGACACCGCCAAGCUCAUCAUGAGCCGCCUCAGCGCGCACGGCGUCAAGCUGGUGCUGCCCGCGCUGCUGCACGCGCUGCACGACGACAACUGGCGCACCAAGGCGGGUUCGAUCGAGCUGCUGGGCGCCAUGGCGUACUGCGCCCCCAAGCAGCUGUCGUCGUGCCUGCCGUCCAUCGUGCCCAAGCUGAUCGAGGUGCUGGGAGACUCGCACAUGCGCGUGCAGCACGCCGCCGCGCUGGCGCUCAAGGUCAUUGGCUCCGUCAUCCGCAACCCCGAGAUACAAGCCAUCGUACCAGUGCUGCUUCAGGCGCUGCAAGACCCCUCCAACAAGACGUCGGGUUGCCUGGGCACGCUGCUCGACACCAAGUUCGUGCACUUCAUCGACGCGCCGUCGCUGGCACUCAUGAUGCCCGUGGUACAGCGCGCUUUCCUCGACCGCAGCACCGAAACGCGCAAGAUGGCCGCACAGAUCAUCGGCAACAUGUACUCGCUCACUGACCAGAAGGACCUCAUGCCCUACCUCCCCAGCAUCAUCCCUGGCCUCAAGAGCUCGCUGUUGGACCCCGUGCCGGAGGUGCGCUCUGUAUCGGCGCGCGCGCUCGGCGCCAUGGUGAAAGGCAUGGGCGAGAGCAGCUUCGAAGAGCUGUUGCCGUGGCUGAUGCACACGCUCACGUCAGAGAGCAGCAGCGUGGACCGCUCAGGCGCCGCGCAGGGGCUAUCUGAGGUGGUGGCCGGCCUGGGCGUGCACAAGCUGCAUAAGAUCAUGCCAGACAUAAUAGCGACGGCGGAGCGCACGGACAUCGCGGCGCACGUGAAGGACGGCUACAUCAUGAUGUUCAUCUACAUGCCGGGUGCCUUCACGCACGAGUUCACGCCAUACAUAGGCCAGAUCAUCAAUCCCAUCCUCAAAGCGCUCGCCGACGAGAAUGAAUACGUGCGCGAGACUGCGCUCAAGGCCGGACAGCGCAUAGUGAACCUGUACGCGGAAUCCGCGAUCACGCUGCUGCUGCCCGAACUGGAGAACGGGCUGUUCGACGAGAACUGGCGCAUCCGGUACAGCUCGGUGCAGCUGCUGGGUGAUCUGCUGUACCGCAUCUCUGGCGUGUCCGGCAAGAUGAGCACCGAGACCGCCUCAGAGGACGACAACUUCGGCACGGAGCAUUCGCACAAGGCUAUCAUCACCGCGUUAGGCCCCGAGCGCCGGAACCGCGUGCUGGCUGGCCUCUACAUGGGCCGCAGUGACGUGGCGCUCAUGGUGCGCCAGGCCGCGCUGCACGUCUGGAAGGUGGUGGUUACCAACACUCCGAAGACUCUGCGCGAGAUCCUGCCGACACUGUUCAGCCUUCUGCUGGGCUGCCUCGCCUCUACCAGCUACGACAAGCGACAGGUUGCGGCAAGGACUCUUGGCGAUCUCGUCAGAAAGCUGGGCGAGCGUGUGCUGCCGGAGAUCGUGCCGAUCCUGGAGCGCGGACUGCGGUCGGAGCGCCCCGACCAGCGCCAGGGCGUGUGCAUCGGGCUGGGGGAGAUCCUGGCCUCUACCUCGCGGGACGCCGUGCUCAGCUUCGCGGACGGCCUGGUGCCCACGGUGCGGCGUGCUCUGUGCGACGAGCUGGGGGAGGUGCGAGUGGCGGCGGCGCGCACCUUCGACAGCCUGCACGCCAGCAUCGGCAACAAGGCGCUCGACGACAUCCUGCCGCCCAUGCUGGAGGCGCUGCAGGACCCCGACCCCGCGCGAGCUGACGCGGCGCUCGACGGCCUGCGACAGAUAAUGGCGAUAAAGUCUCGCGCGGUGCUCCCCUACCUGGUGCCGGUGCUGACGGGUGGCGGCGCGGCCGGUGCGGCCGACACACGUGCGCUGGCGGCGCUGGCGGCGGCGGCUGGCGACUCGCUCGGCCGCCACCUGCCGCGCAUACUGCCCGCCCUGCUGGCGUCGCUGCGUGCGGCGCGCGGCACAGCCACCGAGGCGCGUGAGCUGGACUACUGUCGCGACGUGCUGCUACCCGUCACCGACGACGCGGGCGUGCGCAGCAUCAUCGACACGCUGCUGGAUUGCGUGCGCUCCACGCACGAGAACGCGGAGACGCGGCGGGCUGGUGCGGCGUUGCUGUGCGCGUUCGUGACGCACACCCGCGCUGACCUCAGCGCGCAGGUACCAGCACUGCUACGCGGGCUUCUGCUCCUGUUCGCGGAGACAGAACGCGACGUGCUGCAGAUGGCGUGGGAGGCGCUCACCGCCCUCACGCGCACGUUGGACGCCGAGCGGCAGCUGGCUCACGUGGGCGACGUGAGACAUGCUGUCAAGAACGCGGCCGCAGACCUUCAUGGAGAGUUACUGCCUGGCUUCUGUCUACCCAAGGGUAUCGCGCCAAUCCUACCGCUUUUCCGAGAGGCAAUACUCAACGGUCUUCCAGAAGAUAAAGAAAACGCGGCGCUGAUGUUGGGUGAAGUGAUCAAGCUGACGUCGCCCGAAGCCCUCCAGUCUUCCGUGGUGCACAUCACCGGGCCACUCAUCCGCAUCCUGGGCGACCGCUUCAACUCCAGCGUCAAGGCGGCCGUACUAGAGACCCUGGCGUUGUUGCUCGCAAAGGUGGGCGUGAUGCUGAAGCAGUUCCUGCCGCAGCUGCAGACGACGUUCCUGAAGGCGUUGCACGACUCGAACCGGUCCGUGCGCAUGAAGGCGGGCGGGGCGCUCGCCCAGCUCGUGCUCAUCCACACGCGCGCCGACCCGCUGUUCGUGGAGAUCCACAACGGUAUCCGCACCGCCGACGACCCGGGCGUGCGCGAGACCAUGCUGCAAGCGUUGCGCGGCGUCAUCUCGGGCGGCGGCGACAAGAUGUCGGAGCCGCUGGCGCUGGGCGUGCUGGCCACGCUGGCGGGGCCCGCGCUGCUGGCGCACGCCGACGACCCGCCCCGCGGCCCGGCCGCCGGCUGCCUGGGCGCGCUGCUGCACUGCCUGCCGCCCGCGCACCGCGACGCCGCGCUGCUGCACCACGUGCUGGCCGCCGGCGACGACUGGCUGCUGCAGCACGGCAGGUCGUGCGCAUUAUUCGUGGCAUUGAAGGAGAGCCCUGAGGUGGUGUACCGGGAUCAGUUCGAGGAGAAGAUGAAUAAGGCGCUGCUGGGGUAUCUUGCCAGCGACAAGCCCGCCAUCGCCUGCAACGGCAUCCGAGGCAUAGGCUACCUGAUGCGCUACCUGCUGCGACAGGACCGGCCCGUGCCACAGCCCAUACUGUCGCAGUUUGUCAGAAGCAUGAACCACACGAGCAAUGAGGUGAAGCAGCUGAUGGCAAGGGCGUGCGUGGUGUUGGGCCGCGAGGGUGUGCUGGAGGCGCAGGGCGUGGCGGCGGAUGUGAUGCGCGCGUUGCUGCCGGCUCUCGUCAACGGCACCAAGGAGAAGAACACCUACGUGCGCGCCAAUUCCGAGAUCGCCCUGCGCGCCGUGCUGCGGUUACCACACGAAGAGAACUUCCAUCUGCAAUGCAUGUCGCUGCUGGAGGAGGGCGCGCGCGAGGCACUCAACGACGUGGUGGGGCGCGUGCUGCGGCGAGUGGUGGCCGAGGGCCGCGACGAGGAGCUGGACUGUACGCUGCUCACCUGAGCACCGCCACAUACACACCACCCGCUAGCGUAACACUUAUAUUAUAAUAUACCUGUUUAUAUUU